UGUCUCAUCGCCUACGCUUAUCCUAUGUGCUGAUUGGUCUGCUCGGCUGUCCUCGUCCCGUGAUUGGCAAACUUCGCGAUCUUAGGGCGGGGUCCAACCAACGAGGGAUAGUAGUGAUGCAGGAGGCGGAGCAUGCAGCGUGUUUCCGGUAAGAACAGGCCAAGACAACAGUAACAUUAAAACCAUAGACUGGAAAAUUCAAGAAAUUCUUACGGUCUUUUUGUUCACCGGUUUUGGAAGCUGACGGCAUAGUAGCUCGACCAACAGAAAUCAACUGAGCGUCGGGCUUUGAGGUUGUAUUUCACACGGCAAUGGAAGCCGAGUUUCGAGAAAUCGAUGAAUCCGGGAAUUGGAACGCCAUUUACCAGGAAAUCCGGCAGCAGUCGAGUGAGCUGCCCUGUCGGGUGGCAAAACUCCAGGAGAACAAGAGCAGGAACCGCUACAGAGAUGUCAGCCCAUUCGACCACAGCAGGAUCCGUCUCCAGCAGGGUUCCAAUGACUACAUCAACGCCAGUCUCAUAGCCAUGGAGGAGGCACAGAGAAGCUACAUCCUAACUCAGGGCCCGCUGCCCAACACGUGCGGUCACUUCUGGGAGAUGGUGUGGGAGCAGCGCUCUCGAGGAGUCGUCAUGCUCAACCGCGUCAUCGAGAAGGGCUCGAUAAAGUGUGCGCAGUACUGGCCAGAGCGGGAGGAGAGGGAGGCUGUGUUUGAGGACACACACUUCAGGCUCACGCUGGUCUCUGAAGACAUCAAGUCUUAUUACACUGUACGCCAGCUGGAGCUGGAGAACCUAGAGACUCAGGAGACACGUGAGAUUCUUCACUUCCACUACACCACCUGGCCGGACUUUGGCGUUCCCGAGUCUCCGGCGUCGUUCCUCAACUUCCUGUUUAAGGUGCGGGAGUCGGGCUGCCUGGGGCCGGACCAGGGCCCCGUGGUCGUCCACUGCAGCGCCGGCAUCGGACGCUCCGGAACAUUCUGCCUCGUGGACACUUGCCUCUUACUGAUGUCGUUCCGGAAGGAUCCGUCGUCGGUGUGUAUCCGUGACGUGCUGCUGGACAUGCGUCGGGGCAGGAUGGGUCUGAUCCAGACGGCCGACCAGCUGCGCUUCUCCUACCUCGCCGUCAUCGAGGGCGCCAAGAGCAUCAUGGGCGACACCUCCAUACAGGAGUCCUGGAAAGAGUUGUCCAAUGAGGAAGAUGUGCCUCCUGAAUUCAUACCCCCCCCUCCAUGGGAGUCAAAGGAUGACCAGAACGGCUCACAUGAACACAUUCAUGCAAUCAG